UAUUUAAUUUCCCUUCAUUUAUUUUUUAAGGUCCAAAUGAAAUUUCGUUGAGCAUCGUCUCGGUAUUAACAACUAACUGCAAAUUAUGCAAAAGCUAGUCGCAUUUUUCUUCCAAUCCCAAAUCUCCUUGCUCCUGAUCCGUGAUCACAACAUAACAGUGGAAGAUCGAUAACCAUGAACUAACGCAGGUACAUAAGUAAUCAGUUCUCGAGUUCCCUCCAGGUAUGAUUUCUUUAAGUUGACCUGAUUUCUCAUUGAUUUUAGAUAUAGAUAUCUAGAUUUAUACUUAUGUAUAUUUGUAAUUGUAUAAUCUAUUUUUCACAAUGAUGAAUUCGUUUUCAAUUUCAUUUUAUUGAACUGCAAUUCGCUGUUGACGGAGUUUUGCUUCGAUAUCUAUCGCACACAUCGCUGCGGUUUUCUGACAUAUUCAUGCUAUGUGGUUUGUUUACUUGCUUUCUUAGUUGGUAUUAGUUUAAAUGCACUGAAUUUGGUGUCUGUUCUACUACCACCUCAAACAUGGUGGUUCAUUAUCAUUUAGACGUUUGGUGUGAAACAGAAGUUAUUCGGAUCCUUAGCCAAUUAGGCGAUUAAGCUAGAAUUUGUAAUCAUACAGCUUUAUGAACAGGAACAUCGAUUUACAGAGACUACUGAUGGAUGAUACAACAUCCCUGAGUUACUGGUUGAAUUGGAGGUUCUUCCUUUGUGGAUCAUGGGUCCUCAUUGUUAUUAUAACAGCUGCGAUUUUAAUAAUCAAAUAUGAAGUGUUUAACACAAAGAGACGUCACCAACAAGAUGAUGAAACUGAACCUAUUGGGAUUUUGUAUGAGGACGAAACUUGGAAAACCUCUUUGAGAGUAAUUCAUCCUGCUUGGCUUCUUGCUUAUAGAUUAAUUGCUUUUGGUGUACUAUUGGCUUUGAUCAUUUCUAAUCUGGUAAUUGGUGGAGCUAGAGUACUUUUCUUUUACACUCAGUGGACUUUUGUUUUGGUCACUUUCUAUUUUGGGCUUGCGUCUUCACUUUCCAUUUAUGGGUGUUGCCAAUAUUGGAAUGAAGUUGUUGAUGAUAAUAUGAAUGAUGUGGGUUUAGAGGAUUCUUUAAUACAAGUGAGUGUGGAACCUCAACAUAUGUCCAUGAAACUGAGUAACCAUGGAGAUAUUAGUACACACAAGACAGCUGGCAUAUGGGCUUAUUCAUGCCAAAUUGUCUUCCAGAUAUGUGGAGGUGCUGUGGGGCUCACUGAUGGUGUAUUUUGGUUUAUAAUCUAUCCAUUUCUUGCUCCUGCAACUUACAAAUUGAAUUUUUUAAAUGUUUGCUUGCAUUCGAUUAACGUUGUUCUCCUCCUCAUUGAUGUGAUUCUAAAUCGCUUAAGGUUUCCAUUCUUCCGUUUAGCAUACUUUGGUCUGUGGACAUGUUCGUUUGUCAUCUUUCAGUGGAUUUUCCAUGCUUGUGUUUCAAUGAGGUGGCCAUAUCCCUUCCUUGACUUAUCAUCUUCAUAUGCUCACAUCUGGUAUUUUGGAUUGGGGUUAAUCCACGUCCCUGUAUUUGGCAUCUUUGCACUCAUAGUUAAGUGGAAGCAGUUACUUUUGUCAAGGUUUUCAUAAAAUCUUGGAGCAUCCAUCAUGUAAAAGAAGUGUCAAUUGUAAUAUACUUAUAGGUAACAUCAUUGAUUUGAGUUAUACUUCACUAAUAUGGUAGUUGUGUAAACAUAAAGAGACUUGAUUAGAAUGGGUCAGAAGGGUUAAUGUGUUAAAAUGCAUGGCAGUUUUUAAAUUAUUUUUAUUAAACGGUUAUAUUAAUAUUUGACAAAUUAAUUAUUAUCUAU